AGGUUCGUCUAUGAAAACUCCUCCUUGGAUUAAACAGAACCAAGAUAUGUUGCUGUUCAUGAUCAGCACACACAAGGUAAACAAAGUAACGUACUUGACAAGAAAUUAAAAAAUAACAUGGUACCAUGUGUGAUUGAUAUGAAAACUCGAGACAGUCUCAUUAUUAAAAAGCAACAUCUCUCAAACAACUAUCACUCAGAAAAACGUAACAAAAUUGCAAGUAAAAGAAGACAAGAUUUUGAUUCCAAAUCAAAUGCAGAAAACCCACAAAGGAGCAUAAUUCAACACACAUCAACGAUUGUUUCUCAGCAGAAAGUGGAAAGUAAUAAAAAUUGUACAAUUGGUAGUUACAAAAUCAAAGAAACACAAAAUGAAAGCAUUGAUGCUGCCCAAAAAACAGCGGUAAUAAAUACUACGCCAGUAGUACAUAAUGAAAGGGAAAUAAUUAGAAGGGCGCAAAAUGAUAUAAAUCUAAGGGGAAGUGAACUGCCAGUACUGAGUGUGAAAAGCACUGUGGCGAUAGACGCGGGAGCUGCGAAGGUGCAAGCAGGUGUGGCGAGAGUGGCGGGCACCGUGAACGCUGACGCGGACGCGGCCAACGUUGUAAACCCGCGCAAUACUCUUCUGUACAUCACUAUCGAUCCCCUGUCCACGUCCAUUCAACCCCCAGAUCAACUGUCUGCUCCAUCAAUACAUGUCACCGAUUAUUUCAAAUCCCCACCGAUUAGUCUUUCCGACUUCGUCACGGGCAAGGACCCAACCAACAUCGUCAUGCUCUGCAUCGACCUUGGCAUGCCGCUUCUCGUCUUGGAAGGAGAACACCUCUUAGUCACUGACCAUAGUAUACACUGUAACCAACCUAGUUACUGGACUAUAGAGCCUAACUUCAAGUGUCAAAGAAUUAUUUUCGACGAAAAUGAGAAACGUGGAGUGGAUAAGUCUACAAGCGAUAUUAAUAAGACGCCUACAUUGAAAGUGAAGUCGUUCGCAAAGGCGGACGCAGAAAAUGCGCUGGACAAAAUUAACGGGCUGAGAGUGCCCGAAGACGUUUAUUUGGAAAAUAAGAGCUACAAAAAAUUAUCGCAUGUGCCUUUGGUGUAUGCUCAGGUGCUGCGCGUGGUGGCGGACGUGGCGGCGGCGCAGUGGCUGAUGGAUGCGCGCGCGCCGCUGCACAUGCUGAGCGCGGCGGCCGGGCGCCUGCUGCCGCCGCAGCGCGAGGGCGUGUUCGGCAUGAACGCCGCCGCCGUCGCGCCCGUCAGCGACCUGGUCGCCAGGCUCAACGCCCUCCCCGACUCGACGGCGCGACGGGCCCCGGCCGCGACCUCCGCUCCCGGCUGCGACCCGGUCAUCGACCUGGACACUGACGAAGACUAACCGCGCCGUCGUCGGUUUAUAAUAACAAUGUGAAACAGCAGGUGUAGUCAGUAAGCAUAAAUACCUGAAUUUGUUAGUAAAUGUAAAAUUAUUAUUAAGAUUAAGACGAUGGUAGAGACCGAUUUUUUUGCCUCCGUUAUAGAAGGCCAUGAAUUCGAUACCCGACGAAGACGCCCGGACCGCGCAGCGCAGUUUUUUCGUUAACGAUUACUUGCUCUCGUGGUAAAGGUUGAAACUAGAACGCGGCGGGCUUUAAGGCUUUGUGAAGGCAUAAUUUAAGAAGCAAAAUUACGAAUCGUACUCUUUAUAAAACC